CGACCGACGACGACAACGGGCCACACACACUCGUCUGCUCCAUUCAUUCGGCAACAUCAACAACAACAAUAACAACAACAAAAUCCUCCGCCAUACCUUGAUCACACCGGCAGCGCAUUCUCCCCCAUCCCGCCAUGGCAUCGUCUGUGGCCCCCCAAGCGGCACGGGGACCACAGUCGUCGCCGUCGCGUCAACAACAUCCGACGACACCCACUAAUGACACGCCAAGCCGUGCUGCUGCUGCCGCCGCCGCCGACACCGACAGCAGAAUACACACGCCAACACGCUCCAAGGCUGCCAAAGCCGCUGCAACUGAUGCAGCAGCGCACGCACCAGCACCACCACCACCGACUGCGGCCGUACCUCCAGAGAUUGCAAAGCCGCAUUGCUUCUUCCCUAUGAACAACCACCCAACGAAGUCGUCAGAGUCCGAGCCCGAAGCCAUCCCGGACGAGGUGUACGUCCAUCCGAACGACGACCCAGCAGCGUUGCGCGGCAUCCCAAUCUUCAAGCCGACGUACGAAGAGUUCAAGGACUUUGAUGUCUACAUGGAAAAGGUGCUCCCCUGGGGCCAGCGCUCGAGCAUUGUCAAGAUCAUCCCCCCGCAGGAAUGGGUCGACAACGUAAAGCUGAUCGACAAUCAGCAAAUGUCCGAGCUCCAGAUCCGCAGCCCCAUCGAGCAGCGCAUGGUCGGGACAGGCGGCGUCUUUGUCCAGCAGAACAUUGAGCGCUUGCGCAGCCGCGGCGGCCUGGCCAUCCAUGAGUGGUUCGACAAGUGCGCUCAAGACAAGUACCAGACACCGAAUCCCAAGGAGAUUGUUACGCGCACGCAGGACCGCGACUCGAAGGAAGCCAAGGCGCGUCUCGCCGCCGAGGCCGCUCGUGUCAAGGCUGAGAGGGCUGAGAAGAAGGCCAAACGCGACGCGGCGGCCCGGAGGAAGCUGGAGCGGAGGAAGGCGAAGGCCGAGGAGGCGGAGUCGCAGGUGGAUGUCGAGGCAGAGGCCAAGCCAGAGCUGGAUGCCGCUUUGUUGACGGCCGACGCCGUUCCAUCUGUCGCAGCUUCGCCGGCGAUCCACGAAGAGGUGGACGAUCUUCCCGCGCUCGAGGUCGCAUCACACACAUCACGCUCGACAGCAGAGCCGCUGGCCACGACGCCCGACUCGGCAACCAUGGCUGCCGAGGUGGAGGAGCAGCUGAAGCCGGUCAACCCGUUCUACGAGAACACCGACCUGCACAAGGACUGGCUCCCACAAGAUGCGACACACGAGGAUUUUACCGUGCAGGGAUGCGCCAACCUCGAGCGCAAGUUCUGGAGGACUCUCGGCCAGGGGUCGAAUAGCUGGUACGGCGCCGAUCUCGCUGGUUCGCUGUUCGCCGAAGAGGAUUACCCUUGGAACGUUGCAAACCUCCCCAAUCUCCUCAACAAGCUCCCCGAAAAGCUGCCAGGUGUCAACUCGCCAUACCUUUACUUUGGCAUGUGGCGCGCGGCCUUCUCGUGGCACGUUGAGGACAUGGACCUCUUCUCGAUCAACUACAUCCACUUUGGCGCGCCAAAGUUCUGGUACGCCGUGCCUCAGGUCGACGCCGAGCGCUUCGAGUCUGUCACCAAGAGCUACUUCCCCAACGACGCCAAUACAUGUGACCAGUUCAUGCGUCACAAGUCGUGUACCUUGUCGGCGACCAAGCUCCACAGCAGCGGCAUCCGGGUGAACAAGCUGGUGCAGUACCAGAACGAGUUCGUCAUCACCUUCCCUCGCGGAUACCACGCUGGGUUCAACGUCGGCUUCAACUGCGCAGAGAGUGUCAACUUUGCACUCCCCUGCUGGCUGGAGCUGGGCAAGAAGGCCAAGGCAUGCUCCUGCGUCGACUACAGUGUGCGCAUCGAUGUUGAUCGUCUCACGGGCGCAAGGUCGCCAACACCAAAGGAGGAGACACCAGAGCCGGUCGAGCCGACACGUUCAAGAAAGAGGAAGGCGCCUGGCGAGCCAGGCAGCUCGAGCAAACGAGGCCGUCGUCCAAAGGUUGAACAGCAGGCCCAAGAAGAGGGCACGCCCGUUCCGGAACGUCCGCUUGUUGUGCGUCUCCAAAGGCCGGAAAACACCAUCUCCCUCACGAAGCAACCGAAAGCAGCUGUCACCCGUGAGAUCCCAACCUACCCCUGCGUACUGUGCCCUGGUCUCGAGACGGAAGACUUGGCCCCAGUUUUCGAGCCAUCGGACCACAUCCGUUCAGUAUCGAAGACACCCGUGACCCAGGCUCAUGUCUCAUGUGCUGUGGCUGUACCAGAGGCGUUCACCGACGAGGUGGAGGUGGACGGCGUGACAUCUACCUACAUCAAGGGUCUCGACGACAUUGGCAAGGAUCGGUGGAAGCUUAAAUGUUCUUGUUGCCCUGACAAGCGGACAGCAACAAUGGGAACAAAGAUUCAAUGCACCAAGGGCAAGUGUAUGCGGGCGUACCACGUGUCAUGUGCAAAGAAGAAUCCCGAGGUUCUGUACACGGCCGACAUGCGGAUACACCGAGUCGAGGUCCCGCCGGCUGGCAGCGGUAACUUUGAGGACACACCAGUGUUUACAGUCGAGCUGUUAUGUCCCAAGCAUAACCCGGCCAUGCUCGAGCUGAAGAAGCGCCAGGCCCAAGAUAAGCUUCGGGAACAGAUUCUCGGCAUCUCUCCGGGCUCGGCGGUUAAGAUCAAGAAGAAUGGUAGCUCAUACGCCGCCCUCCUGAUCGAGGCCAAAGAGGCGUCACAAACGGUCGUCGUCACGCUACCAGACGGCUCAAUCAGAGAAGUCGCUUGGAGUGCCCUCGACUUGCGGCCCAACCAGCCGCAAAUGCUGGAGAACGAGUACGCUGGCCCUCCGAAGCGGAGUCGAAAAGUCACUACUGCCGCCGGUCCUGAGGCCCAAACGCCAUUCACCGGAAUGCCCUUGACCAAGGCCCCACCACCAAUAGGCUCUGCGCCGCCGCCGCAAUUGGUUGGCCAAGCAUCGUCCCACGGGGCCUAUUAUUACGCGCAGCCGCGAGGACAUGCACAAGCACCUGGGUACCACGGCGGUCACAACUUUUAUCAGCCGCCUCCACAUGUGCAACCUCCACAUGCGCACGGCGUCUUCGUCGUGAACUCAAAAGACGGCGGCUUCUACCCUGCGCAGGCUCCCCCACCCCCAUUCUCUUACGGUCCUGGGCCUAUGGUAGCAUACCAAGGCCAAUCGAUCCCCCAAGUGUCCUACCACCCCCACCGCCUGCCAGUACCUCCACCCGGGAGACUACCCCAGUACACCUCGCCUCGCCAGCCUCCUCCACAUCUCCCCCCUCCGCCUGCACACCUCCAGUACCGCUCCCACACCAUGUCGGCCGCUCCUCCUUCAGGAACCCCGCCCGGGCCUAGUACAAGUCCCAACCAGCAACUGAGAGCGACCCCGUUGCCGACCCCCGUUGCCGCACCAAGUGGAGUGGGCAAGAUCGACCUCGGACUCGACCGCAUGAGUGCUUUGAUGGCAGGCCUUCCUCCUCUCACCACUCCCGCUAUCCACCUUACUGGCACAAACGGCAAGGGGUCCGUGUCUGCCAUCCUCGAGUCGUGCCUGCGCUCAGCCGGCCUCCGCACGGCUAGGUACAACUCUCCCCACCUUCUCGAGCCGCGCGAUACCGUCAGAAUCAACGGCGCACCGCCGUCUGCCGAAGAUUACACUGCGGCCGUGGCACAUGUUCAGAAGGUGUCAGACAGCCGUGGCCUACAGGCGACCGUGUUCGAGAUUGGCACAGCCGCCGCCUUCCUACUCGCCAACACCGCCCAGCCACCGGCCGACGUCAUGAUCAUUGAAUGCGGCAUGGGCGGUGCUCGUGACGCCACGAAUGUCAUGCCUCCGGGAAUCACCCUCGCGUCGGCUCUCAGCUCCGUCGGUCUCGACCAUACUGCCAUGCUCGGAAACACAAUCGCCGCGAUCGCAAGGGAGAAGUCGUCGAUUGUGGUCGAGGGCGGUGUUCUCGUGGUUGCCCCGCACCUGCACCCUGAUGCUCUUGCUACAGCCAAGCAAGUGACUCAAGAGCGCCGGGCGCACCUCAUCGAGUCUGCUCCAACGACGACUGUCGCCCCUGCUGGCGCCUUGACUCUCUCGCCAUUCAAGGAGCCCGCUGCUCCCACCGUCCGUACGCCACUUGCCGGCAGCCCCGCCAAGGCAAUUGACACCCACCUCGCCCUUCCCGGCAGCCACCAGCUUGACAAUCUGUCCCUGGCGCUGACCAUCCUUGACGUGCUGAGGAACGACCGGCGUGCGCUCGCCGUUCAGCCCAAGCUGAGUGGCCUUACAGAUGAGAGACUACAGGCCGGCGUGCAGUCGACCCGCUGGAGCGGUCGCUGCUCGUGGCUCAAGUGUACGGACCCUGCUUCGGGCCAGGAGAUUCCCGUCCUGGUUGACGGUGCGCACAACGGUGACUCGGCCGCCACGCUUCGCUCGUACGUUGAUUCGCUGGGCAUUUCGCCCGAACGCCCGCGCACCUUUGUGCUCUCGCUCUCCUCUUCACCCGGCAAGACGCCCGAGAGUGUGCUUGCGCCGCUCCUGCGCCGAGGCGAUCGCGUUGCGCUGGUCGACUUUACGACGCCCGUGGAGGGCAUGCCGUGGGUCAAGCCCGUUGAGCGUGGCGAGGCACAGGCUGCGGCCGCUGGUUUGGUCGGGCCUACGGGGACUGUCCACAGCAUGGCGGGUUCGGGCCCAGCGGCAGUCGCCGAGGCCUUGCGCUGGUCAGUCAGCGACUGGCCCCAGCAAGGCCCGGGCCUGAUCGUCGUCUGCGGCAGUCUGUACCUCGUCGCCGACGCGUACCGCCUGGUAGGUCAGUCGGCGUAACACCUCGCAAAUGAAUACACCUGUCGAGGUUAACGAUCAGCCAUGAUCACUGUAUGUAUCCAUAUGCAACUGUACACGA